GACGUUUCCUCCGCGCAUGCGUGAACUGACUGAGCAAACGAAACAGAACGAGCAAAAAGCAAGAUGGCGUUUGAUGAAGAAGGCGUUAUUUCUGGCAUCGUAGUUUUGUGUUCUUAAAGUGUGCACGUACAUGUUGUGUAAUUGAGUAAACAUUUUUCAUAUUUAUUUGCCCUUGCAUACAUUAGUCUGAGCGCACUUUCACGCUUUUCGAGCUAGCAAAGCUGACUAGCUUAGCUUGUUAGCCGCUAAAAGAGAGACGCGGCCAUUAUCAACACCUUCCUAAUCACUUAAAGCAGAGAUCAAGUGUGAGUGUAAAGUGUUGUGAUUGUGUGAAAAUGUGUGAAAGAACGAGAGCAGAGUGCGAGGAGGAACUUUGUCCAACAAAAGAGGAGAAGGAGCGACAACAUCAACUACUGGACGCUGUUUUCAAGAAACAUCAAGUUGUGUCACACAGAGCAGACAUACAGCAGUGGGUUGAAAGUCAUGAAGAACGUGCCCGUCGACCGCAAGGGAGGAGCUUGACUCUGGGGCAGGAGGAUCCACAGUUCCCCCAUAUUCAACAGGAGGAGGAACCACAACCCCCUCACAUUAAAGAAGAAGAGAAACCGCCGCCCCUUCAUUGUAAAGAGGAAGAAUCACAGCCCGCACAUGUUAAGGAGGAAAAUAAAGAACCACGGGCCUCUCGUUUUAAAGAGGAAGAAGAGGAGCCACAACGCCGACUGAUUAAAGAAGAGGAGGAACCACAUACCCUUCAUUUUAAAGAGGAAGGGGAGGAACUUUGGACCACUCAGGAGAGAGGAGGGCAGGAGGGGGGCAAUCUCCCCAAGUUGCCACUGACUGUUGUCUCUGUGAAGACUGAAGACCAUGAAGAGAAACCACCUGAGUCCUCACAGCUUCAUCACAGUCCAAGUGGGGAGAACAGAGCCGUUGAACCUUCCAGAAGCAUCUCACCGCCACACAUGCCAGCAGAAGCUGAUGGAGACCACUGUGGAGGAUCACAAGCAGACAAGCUCUUAGCGCCGCUAUCAGAUAGUGACGAGAUGUCAGACCUCGAUGUAAAUAUGGGAACGCACACGGAAGAAAAACCCUUCGCUUGUUCCGUUUGUGCAAAAGAGUUUGUGGUAAAAUCCAGUUUGACUCGACACAUGAAAACACACACGGGAGAGAACCCGUUCAGUUGUUCGGUUUGCGGUAAAGGGUUUGAUGACAAAUGUUACAUGCGCGCACACAUGAGAACGCACACAGAAGAAAAACCCUUCGCCUGUCCGGUUUGUGCCAAAGGGUUCGUCGUAAAGUAUAGUUUGACUCAACAUAUGAAAAUACACACAGGAGAAAACCCGUUCAGCUGCUCAGUUUGUGCAAAGGGGUUUGUGGUCAAAUCUAGUUUGACUCGACACAUGAGGACGCACACGGGAGAAAACCAUGUCUGUUGUUCGGUUUGUGGUAAAGUCUUUGAUGACAAAUGUUACAUGCAAGCACACAUGAGAACGCACACGGAAGAAAACCCUUUCAGUUGUUCCGUGUGCGGUAAAAGACUAUCGGACAAAUGCAGCAUGCAAAUGCACAUGAGAACGCACACAGGAGAGAAACCUUUCAGCUGUACAGUGUGCGGUAAAAAAUUCCUGAACAGAAGCAACACUCAAAAACACAUGAGAAAACACACGGGAGAAAAACCUUUCAGCUGUUCAGUGUGCAGAAAAAGCUUCUCAGACAGGAGUAAUUUAAAAACACACGUGAGAAGACACACGGGAGAAAAACCCUUCAGCUGUUCGGUGUGUGCCAAACGAUUCUCUGUGAACAGCAGCAUGCAGAGACACAUGAGCGUGCACACCAGAGUAAAACCGCUCAGCUGUUCAGUGUGCGUCAAAAGAUUCUCCGACAAAUGCAGCAUGCAAAGACACAUGAAGUCACACACGGGAGAAUAACUUUUCCCUUUUGGAAGUCCUUUUUUGAAUGGACCCAAGAGUCAUUAAAGGCUUAUUGCAGGA